AUGUAUAAUUCAAGAAAGGGGUCUAAGACGUCUCGCUUGAGGGGGAUCGAUGAGUUUCUAUCCAUCGAGAGUCAGCCUGCCGAACAGGAAGAGGAACAAGGAGCUGAGCCUGUUCCAGUGGAAGAACAACGAGCGGCUGAUCCUCCUAUGACAAGAGCAGCUGGGAAAAGAAAACUUUCUGCUGAUGAAGCCGGCCAAUAUGAUAAACAGAUUCGUCGGAAACUUCUGGUGGAUUCUCCUCCCAAAAACCAGCCAAAAUCUAAGUUGAUGGCUGAGGCCAUCAAAGCUGCUAUAAAUGAAGAACAACAGGAAUCGUCCGUGGCGGGCCUGCCGCAUAGAGCUGGCCUUCGUUCUCACGGCCCAGCUUUAUCGGGCGAAGCCUCUUCCUACCAUCCUCCCGAGGACCAAGAGGAUGAAUUAUUGGAGGCAGACGCAGAAUCUGCACCAGUGAUGGAUCUUCCUAGUCCUACAACGGGACUUAUGAAAAGCCCAGCCGCUGGUGCAAGUCUUCCGGAGUCUUCAGCUGUUCCGGGUGAUGAGGAGCGAGUUGAUUAUGACGACUCCCCAACUGGUGAUGCAGCUGAUGAAGAUAGAGGUGAUGAGGACGCCGAUGUUGGUAACAUGUCAGGUGAAGGUUCACCUACUCCCGGGACUACUUCAGCUGCUCCUUUAGAGCAAGAACCUGCGCAAGUGUCGGCUCCUUUAGAAGAGCAACAUUUACCUGGUUCUCCUACGGCGACUGUUCCGCCUGUAGCGUUGCCUGAAACCACUGCCGCUACUCCUCCUCCGGAACAACAGCUCGUGCAGGUAUCAGCCCCUAUGCAAGAGCAACCCCUGCCUGACUCUUCUGUAGUAGCUGCUUCACCAAAAGCGGUGAUGAAGAUCUCACUCACCCCAACGGAGGCUGGGCCUAGCUCUUCUCAAGCGAAAGCAUUAAUGGCUUUGACCUCAAGCCCUUCGCAAUUGAACAUUUCAAUCGCCUCUGCAGCUUCAGCACCUGGAUCGCCUGCUAGUCAUCAUCUUAACGCAUCAAUCUCAGCUGCUGAAGGGGUAUCUUCGGGUGCAAUUGUCAGUCUCGCUAAUGCACCUAAAUUCCUCCAAAUCUCCUUGGUGUACCUAAACAGUCUUGCGAAGACGGUAGUCGAGUCCUUGAUGAAUGGUCAAGGAACUUUGAACUCCUUUCGACCUCUGCUGGAAGCAGGCUUAAACGGGGUCAGGAGUGUGGGCGAAACUCGAUGGUUCGAACGCUGCUCAGAGAUUAUCCUUCGUUUGGAGGCGAAAUUACAACGCUUCGAGACCAUGGGCCAUAGUGACCUUCAGCCGCAAAUUAUGUCCACUUUGGCUAGUCUUCAGGUCGCUGAGGUGAUACACCGAGAGACGCUAGAACGGGACUUAGCUGAAAAAGAGCGUCAGAUUGCAGAGCUUCGUGAGCGUAACACUCGGAAGCGAGAAGAACUAGAACGCUCAACUGCUUCUAUGAAUUCGCUUCGGGACAGACUGGUUGAAGCUGAAGCCGAAGUCCUGCGAUUGAAAGCUGAACUCUCCCGCGAAGAAGGCAUUGUCAACAUCCUUAGUACCCAGAAUGCAGCUAGUACUUUGGAGUAUCAUGCACAAGCUCAAGCUCUGGAAGACGCCAGAAAGGAAAUGGCGGCCAUCAUCAUACCCAGCGAGGAUGAACUCCGAGCAAAGGCUGAAGCUAUGGUGCGAGCUAACCACGAGGCGGAGCUAGCUGAACUCAAGGCUCAACUCAUCUCUUUUGAUUUAAUGCAUGAGUGA